AUUUUCCAAUUUUGCAAGAAAUCGAGACACAGUUUGUUCUUGUUCUUCUUCUUCUUCGAUCCUUGAAGAAGGAGCCUCCAACUGCACACACUGCUCUCUGAAUUUGACCCAACAGAUCCAUCAUCCCUUAAACCACAACCAACCCUAACUAUUCGUGAGUUUCAAUUUCAAUUUCCCAAAUCUCAUGCUUUAACACAUUCAAAUGCUACAAAAAUUCAUGCUUUUAUCAAAUCUCUCGCACCCCAUUUCCUAAAAAAAUCGAUUUUGUUGUUGCAGUUUCGCUUUCCCUUUCAAAAUCUCUCUUUCAUCGCUCUGUUUCAUUUUGUUGGAUGUAUUUGAGACGUUAACGAGUUGCUGUUAAGAAUGGAGGAUCUAGCAGGUCUAGUCGAGGCAACAGGAUCGAGAUUUACUCAGUUGGAGCUUAUUGGGCAGGGAUCAUUUGGCGACGUGUAUAAAGCGUUUGACAAGGAGCUCAACAAAGAAGUGGCCAUCAAAGUGAUUGAUUUGGAAGAAUCAGAGGAUGAUAUUGACGAUAUUCAGAAGGAAAUUUCUGUUCUGUCACAAUGUCGAUGUCCAUACAUUACCGAGUAUUAUGGUUCUUUUCUCAAUCAGACUAAACUAUGGAUAAUAAUGGAAUAUAUGGCCGGCGGCUCUGUUGCUGAUCUACUCCAAUCAGGUCCUCCCCUAGAUGAAAUGUCAAUUGCUUAUAUUCUUCGUGACUUGUUGCAUGCUGUCGAUUACCUACACAGUGAAGGCAAAAUCCAUAGAGACAUUAAAGCUGCAAACAUUUUAUUGUCCGAGAAUGGUGAUGUAAAGGUUGCAGAUUUUGGUGUUUCUGCACAGUUGACAAGGACUAUAUCAAGGAGAAAGACAUUUGUAGGCACACCAUUCUGGAUGGCGCCGGAGGUUAUUCAGAACUCAGAUGGAUAUAAUGAGAAGGCAGAUAUCUGGUCUCUGGGGAUCACUGCAAUUGAGAUGGCAAAGGGGGAGCCUCCACUUGCUGAUCUUCAUCCCAUGAGGGUGCUUUUUAUCAUACCCCGAGAAAAUCCUCCACAGCUAGAUGAGCAUUUUUCUCGACCCAUGAAAGAAUUUGUUUCAUCAUGUUUGAAGAAGGUUCCAGCUGAGAGGCCAAGUGCUAAGGAACUUCUCAAAGAUCGUUUUAUUCGGAAUGCUAGGAAGAGUCCAAAGCUUUUGGAAAGAUUAAGUAGGGAGCGUCCAAAAUAUCAAGUUAAGGAAGACCUGGAGACAGCUAGAAAUGGCCUAAGAGGGGUUGGUGAGGGAUCGGAUACUAUGAAGGUGGCAAGAGAUUCUAAAGUUGACGAAAUCAAUCGAUCCAGCAGUCGUCAGAGUAAGACCUCGAAAAGUUCUGAAUGGGACUUUAGCAUUGGUGAAUCAGAGGGUACUGGAACCUUUCGAAGUGUUUCACGGCCACCUCAAGCUAGAGAUAAGAAAACUGAAGGCUCAUAUAAUCAGCUUACCCAAAGAAAAGCUCCAGACGCUGGCUAUCAAGGGGGAUAUGCCAAUAGAAGUGCACCUUACCAUCACGAGCAGCUGGAUAAUCAGCUUGAAGAUGAUGAGUUAUCUGGGAAUGGAUCAGGAACCGUUGUUAUACGCUCUCCCAAAGGAAUAUCAAGGACAUCUGCGUUUCGUGAGCAUAUCUCGCAUUCCCAGGAUGAUUUGUCUGAGAAUGGGUCAGGAACUGUUGUUAUUCGAUCUCCGAAAGGAUCAAAGCCAUCUGUGUUUCGUGAGAGCUCCCAGUCCAGCAGCAGCUAUGCUUCUUUUGAAGAUACUUCCACGAGUGGAACCGUUGUUUUACGUAGUCAACAAGAUGAUUCUGAUUCUCCACGAACUCCGAGGUCCCGAUUAGGAGGACUUCAUGACAGAAAUUCAAAUGUUUCACUUGAAGAUAGUGCUGCAAACCUAGCUGAGGCAAAGGCUGCUAUCCAAGGAGGACAAAGAAAAGUGAAUUCUCGGGAAAGACAUUCUCGGGGAAAAAUCAAUAGCGAUAAUAUACAGGAAAGCAAAAGAGACCAAAUGACUAGCAGCACUGAUUCUUCCAGAUCAUAUCGUGAAUACAUUGAUGCACAAAGGGGCAUGGCACGAUCAAAUUAUGCCAGUGAUGAUGAAGAAAGUGCUAGAAUAAUAUCAUCGUCGGCGCCAUUAUCAGUUUUGCUUCUUCCUUCAUUAAAAGAGGCCAUUGCUGAUGAUCCAGAAGGGCAAAUUGUGCGGGCAGUCAUCAAUUCUUUAAUAAACAUGGAGGGCACAAAGCCUAGAUCCUCCGAUGUUCUUGUCAAAAAAUUGCUUCAAAGAUUAGCAAGUUCAAAGGAAGAUUCAUUGAAGGACCUGCAAGGAUUGGCAAGCCAACUAUUCAGCAAAGGCAAGUCAACCGAAGAAAUUCAAAAUGCGGAAGCUGAUAACCGAAGGAAACAACAUAACAAGGAACCUCAUCCAAAUAGCAACUUAAGCCCUCUUGCAAGAUUUCUUCUAUCAAGAUGGCAAGGCCAAACCUCACGGGAUCUAAACCAAUCUUGAGCCAAGUUAGAAGUUACUAUAUUGUCAUUUUUGUGUGUUGUUUCUGUUGAUGCAUUUAUUUUGAUUAAAUGUACAUAUAUAUCAUUGUAAGAAAUUGCUUUUCUAUUAUCUAUUAGUAUUGUUAUUAAUCAAUUUUUUUUUAUCUCAUAGUGAUAGUGACAGUAGUGCUGUAUAAUUAAAGUUUUCUCAGACUUCAUUGAUUUGUAUUCUCCAAUAGGAUGCAUAGCUAAGGCUGCUGUGUGAUUUUUGAAUGAAUAAGUUUACAGUGACUCAAAUGUCUCAUUGGUUA